AUGGUUAAAUCAUAUUUAAAAUAUGUACAACAAGAUUUGUUUGGUACCAUCUCGACUACACAAUCAUUGUUGGAUACAUCGGGCAAAUAUGCAAUCACUGGUUGUGGUGAACGUAUAGCUAUAUGGAAUAUAAGACAGGGUGUUGUACAGAGAUGGUUAUUUGAAGAUGACAUUAAAUCAGAGGUAUCAUCUGUUGCUCAAACUACCGAUGGAAAUAUAUUAGCUGCUGGAUAUACAGAUGGAGCAAUUAGAUUAUGGAAUUUACAAGAUUAUAGUUUGAUUUCUGUGUUGAAUGGUCAUCGUGCAGCAGUUACUUGUUUACAUUUUAACAAAUUGGGUUCAAAUUUGGUAUCGGGUAGUAGAGAUACAGAGAUUAUUAUAUGGGAUGUUAUUACAGAAGCUGGUUUAUAUCGUUUACGUGGUCAUCGUGACGUUGUUACACAGGUACGUCUACUCGAACGUUCCAAUCAUAUGAUUAGUUGUUCAAAGGAUGGUCUCAUCAAGAUUUGGGAGACAGAGACUCAACAUUGUGUACAGACUAUUGUCGGCCAUCGUAAUCCAAUUUGGUCACUCGACAUUAACGCCAAUGAAACACGUAUGGUUAGUUGUACAUCGGACAGUAUGAUUAGAGUGUGGAGAAUUCACACCCAACUCGCUGCACAAGACGAAAAGGAUAGAGAUGGUAUCCAACUAUUGAAUUCAUUCAACUAUUCUGUCAACGUUCCAAUCAACAAAGGUGCCAACUUGGAUCUACAAAAGGAUGGAGGAGAAGAGGACGAAGAAAUCGUUCAUCAAAAUGGAGAAGAUUUUGCAAAGUAUUAUGGAUCGAUCGCAUGCAAAGGUGAAUCCUAUUCAAGUGUUAGAUUUGAUUCCACCAAUCGUGUAUUGAUCUGUCAAUCAACCGCUCGUUUUAUGGAUAUAUUUUCAAUUACUCCAAGAAAAAUAUUAGAAGAACAACAUAGACAAAAGAAACAAUUAAAUGUAAAAGAUGAAUAUAAUCAUACAGAGACUGUAAAGACACCAUCAAAGAUUAGAGGAUUUUCAUUUGGUGUAAAUAGUCAUUGGAACAAGUUGAUUGUUACGUUGAUGGGUAAUUCAAUGGUAGAGUAUGAGAUUAAAGAGGAGGGAUGUACUGCGAUAGCAACGUUGGAUCAACAGGGUCAUCGUAGUGACGUGAGAUCGUUGGUUAUGAGUACCAACGACGCCUUGUUGGCAUCGACGUCGAGCGACUCUCUCAAGAUUUGGAAUGCUCACGAAGCCGAAGUCUGGAGCAUUGCGUUGAUGCCCGAUCAAAGCGGGUUGGUCUCGGUUUCAGGUGACAAGGCCAUCAAGUUUUGGGAGUUUGAAAUUGCCGAGCAGACUGACCAAGACACCAUGGUGUCGAGCAAGAAGCUGACACUUACCCAUACACAAACACUGGCGAUGGAGACUGACGUUCUUUCGGUCAAGUUUAGCAAGGACGGUCGUUUCUUGGCUGUUGCAUUGCUCGAUAACACCGUCAAGCUGUUCUACGCCGACACACUCAAGUUCCAUCUGUCGCUGUACGGACACAAGUUGCCUGUCAUGACACUCGACAUCUCGGACGACAGUACACUUGUCGUGACGGGUUCGGCCGACAAGAACAUCCGUAUCUGGGGUCUCGACUAUGGUGAUUGCCACAAGUCCAUGUUUGCACACGACGACUCGAUCAUGCAGGUCGGAUUCAUCCCCAAGACACAUCACGCCAUCACAGUCUCCAAGGACGCCAAGAUCAAGAUCUGGGACUGCGACAAAUUCGAGCAGAUCCAGUCGAUCGCCGCCCACCACAGCGAGGUCUGGGCGUUGGCCAUCGGCUCGACCGGCACCUUUUUCAUGACGGGCAGUCACGACCGUUCCAUCCGUGUCUUUAACCAAUCGCAAGAACCACUCUUCCCCGAGUCAGACAAGCAAAUCGAGUUGGAAAAGGACUGGGAAUUGACACUCGAAGACAACUCUCGUGUGCGUACCCAAGAAAUGUUGGCUGAAAAAGACGAGCAUGGCAAGGCGUCCAAGCAAACCAUCGACUCGGUCAUUGCCGGAGAAGAGAUUAUCGAGGCAAUGAUCCUCGUCGAAAACGAACGUCAACGUAUCUUGGAUCACGAAAGAGACGUACAAAAGCAGAUCGAGGAUGGUCAACCUCCAUCGUCGAUUGCUCCAUUCGAAGCCAACAUCUUUUUGUUUGGCAAGGAUAUCGAAGACUACCUCUGGGAAAAGGUACGCAAGGUGCGUGCUGGUGACUUGGAAGAGUCGUUGAUGGUCCUCCCCUUCACCGACCUCAAAGUCUUUUUCCAAUAUUGUAUCAAAUGGCUUCGUCGAGCCUACAAUGUCGAACUCAUCUCUCGUUGCGUCUUUUAUCUUGUACAAACUCAUCAAAACCAUCUUUCAAUCAGCGAGGACAUGGCAUUGGUCCUCAAGGAGUUGAACGAGCUCAUCAAGGAUCGUCUCCAACGUCAACGUGACUACAUUGGCUUCAAUCGUGCCGCCAUGGGUUACCUCAAGCGUGAAAUUGAAAUCGUCCAAGCUCACACCUUUUUCACUGGAAACAGAAUCCUUACCGAACAAGAAGAAAAACAAAAGGUUAAACAAGAUGAAAAGAAAAAGAAAAAGAUUCAAGAAAAGAAGAAUAAAAGAAAAAAUAGAAUUUAA